AUGGUCAUUGACGAUGCAGAGUCUGAUGAAAACGAACGCCUGAUCCACUGGAACGCUCCGCUAGGUGAAAGUGAUGCUCCGGAUGAGUGGGUGUCUGGCGAUGAACAUCAAUACUCGCUUCGCUAUAAGUCGACUGUACUGGCGUUUCUGGACACGGAGGAUGGUGUUGCGUUCCAAACGGCGAUCAUGUGUGUGGACACAUGGCGAACGAUCUUAGCAAGCAAUUGCAUGCGCUCCGUGUCUCAAUUUCUCAACCGAGGGACGUGCUUAAUCAAAAUCCAUAUUACCGACUCGUCGCUAAAGGCCGAUCUCAUAAAUUACAUUUCGCAAGCGGCAACCAACGUUGUGGAGACGGACUGCUGCUUACAAACACGGAAUUGCAGUAUUCGCACAUGA